CUGCGAGUCUACUCCCCCAUUUAUCUGGAUGCCAUCGAAUUCUUGGUUUCAUGGACAUUAGAUGGUUUUAUGGGCAUCUGUCAUAGGUUCUUUUCAUGGACAUCAUAGAUGGUUCAUGCACAUCAUAGAUGGUUUCAUGGACACUUCUCAGCAUGGGCAUCAUUGAUGAUUUCAUGGACAUCAUAGAUGGUUCAUGUACAUCAUAUAUGGUUCAUGUACAUCAUUGGUGGUUUCAUGUACAUCAUAUAUGGUUCAUGUACAUCAUUGGUGGUUUCAUGUACAUCAUUGAUGGUUUCGUGGACAUCAAUACUUGUCGUUGACAU